GAAAUAUUAGUUUCUCAAAAUAAGACAGUCUACCCAAAAUAGAAGUGACAAAAGGGGAAAAAAAUCAUUAUAUCAACUUCAUAAACUGUGCGAAGCUGCAUGCCAUCAUUUCCAUGCAGCAACACACGAACAAAUGGCCAAUCAAAGUAGUGGGAAGAAAAGUCCACUUUUUCUCGAUGCUGCACUUCUAGAGAGAGAAAGAGAGAGAGAGAGAGAGAGGAAGAAUCAUAUAAAAAACUACAGCUAGAUUUCUGCAUUCAAUGAUGCCUUUAUUAUUGCCGUCUGAGUUUGACCCCACCGAACUCUCUUCAAUUCCUGUCUACCUUCUUCUCUUUCUAAUAAAGGCCCUUUGCCAUUUCGAUUUUGCUAUCAACACUAAUAAUCAAAAGCGUCUCUAGCAAAUCCAGGUGGUGCAAGGUUUACUCUGAGGCAGAAAUCAAGAGUUGAUUUGUAUUGGCUGUCGGAUUUUCGAUUUUGAGUGCAUUUUGGGAAUUGCUGUGAGUUUUUGACAAAGAAGAUUUUGAUGUCACUGUCUGUUUCUUGACAUACCUACUGAUUACCAAAAAGGGGUGUUUCUGCCUUCGCUAUUAUCAAACAGGUUUAGAUUUGGCAGAUUUAGCAGAAAUCUCAAAAGGUGGCGUUUGUGUUUCUUUCUUGGCUUAUUAUCAAACAGUUUUAGAUUUGGCAGAUUUAGCAGAAAUCACAAAAGGUGGUGUUUGUAUUUCUGCCUAGUCUAUUAUUAGAUUUGGCAGAAAAUCAGAAAAUAGUUGUGAAAGAUGGGUUCAUUUCCAGGGCAUGCAAUUCCUGGGACAUUGUUUCUAGUCAUUGGUGUGUGGCACAUGUGGUGCUCUCUAAUCAGAUAUGCAUCAAAUCCUAAAUCUUUCCAAGUCAGGGUUUGGAACCCUGUUCCUGGCUUUGAUGGUAGGCUUAAAUACUUGGAGCUCUAUGUGAUUGCAAUCGGAGCUUUCUUCGAUCUAUGCAUAGAGUUUCUGUAUUCGACCCAUCUCAAGAUCGUUGUUCAUGGAGUCUUGAACCCUUCUCAUAUGAAUGACUUUGAGCACUCCGGGAUGCUGCUUAUGUUCUUCAUCUUUGGCGUUGUUGCACUUCUCUCUGAGAAGACGAGCUACCUACCAUUGCCAGAGGGCGCUUUAUGCUUCGUCGCUUCAGCAGCAUUCACAGCAGAGUACAUUUUAUUCUAUUUUCACUCCACCACUCACAUGGGCCUCGAAGGAUGGUAUCACUUCAUCCUCGUCCUCCUAAUCGGCCUAUGUAUACUGUCGACAGUUGCUGGAGCUCUCAUGCCUACCAGUUUCCCAGCCGACUUAUGCAGUGGCAUGGCCAUGACACUCCAAGGCCUUUGGUUCUAUCAAACAGCGUUUACUCUCUAUGGUUCAAUGAUGCCAGAUGGUUGUUUGCUCAAGGACAACGAGGUCAAAUGUCGUUCCACGGAACAUGAAAUCCGUGGUGAGUUGCUGGCAAAUUUCCAACUAUUUGUUCAAGUUUUCAGUGUUCUUGUCGCUGUUGCUGGAGCCUAUAUCUAUAUCGAGCCAAAAUACGGGCAUUCUAGUUCUGUCGGUUCACAUGCACUUGAUGAUGGCCAAGAUCAGAAGAUAAUUUCCUCAGCAAGAUGACAUGUUCUUUCUCAUAGUAGUUCGUUUCUUCGAUUCUUGACAAGGAGGCAUCAGGCAUGUAGAUGAAGGAAACUCUGGUUUGGACAGAUGUAUCCACACUCUGUUUUACAUGUUCAUGGUCUUUUGUAGUUUACAUGUAGAGUAGAGUCGAGCCAAGGAUAGCAGAAUUGCAGCAUUUCUUGUAGAAAUAUCAUUACACUUAGAAAAUUUUGGCCGUUAUGAAUGUUCUCUUGAUUUUUGUUA